AUGGUUGCAAGACAGUCCGACCGAGGACGUACUAGUAUCUUAUAUGAUGUUUUUGAUUACUUUGAAGAUGUUAGGGAACAAGGUGGAAAAGUUUUUGUUCAUUGUUGUCAAGGGGUAUCUCGGUCCACCUCAUUGGUGAUUGCGUAUCUUAUGUGGAGAGAAGGACAGAGUUUUGAUGAUGCAUUUCAGUAUGUGGAAGCAGCAAGAGGCAUUGCUGACCCGAAUAUGGGUUUUGCUUGUCAGUUGUUACAGUGCCAAAAGAGGGUCUAUGCUUUUCCUCUUAGCCCGAGUUCACUAUUGAGGAUGUACAGAAUUGCCCCACAUUCACCGUAUGAUCCUUUGCAUCUUGUCCCAAAAAUGUUGAAUGAUCCAUCACCUUCUGCUAUGGAUUCUAGAGGUGCAUUUAUUGUUCAUAUGCCGUCUGCCAUAUAUGUUUGGAUUGGUAAGAAUUGUGAGGCCAUCAUGGAAAGGGAUGCAAGAGGGUCUGUUUUGUCUGAUU